AAGAAAAAUAGAAAAAGUUAAAAACUGGAAAAGCGUACAAAUCGUCGUCCAAAUAGGUACUACUGACCCCUGGACUUCAUUUAAUAUGAAAUAUAAGCAUGUCUGGCCAUAAUGAAAAUACAGGCAGGCCUGAUGUUGCCAUGUUACAUCCGCCUAACCAGCCAUUUCAAAAUUUCACUGGUGAAAUCUACAACCCCAUGAGAACAGUAUUCAUUGAUAAGCAGCAUUCGUCUAAGUUACACACAAAUCUGUGGAAUAUGAGAGAGAAAGGACUUCUUUGUGACAUCACAGUUAGACUCGGAAAUUGUACAAUACCAGCUCACGAGUGCAUACUCAACGCAAUGUCUGAUUGGUUCUCAGCUGCAACAUCUUACACAACACGAGAUCAAAAUAAAGAAACAUUAAUAGACAUGGAUGACAUCCAGGGAAUACAGAUCAUGGAUUUGCUGAACGUGAUCAGAUAUCUGUACAUCGGGGAACUUGAGGUGAACAGAGUUAAUUAUCAAGGUAUGCUUACUCUCUGUACAAAACUAAAGCUAGGAUUUGCAAUAGCUUACAUCCAGUCGUAUAUCAACAAAUUAUCAAAAGAAACUGAACAGAGCAGUAGUGUUAAGUUGGAAAUAAAAGAGGAAGAUAUCAAACGAGAAGUUGAAAAUGAUGAUGACUACAAUAGCAUGGACACAAGUAUGGAACAGUCACAGGUUGAGAGUGACAGUACUGUACAGUUGGACAGUGAUUCUCUCACCUCUGACAAUCAGGAGACUGCAUCUGGCCAUGUUACCAUGCAUCCUGUGCAGGCUCCGAUGGUUUCAUCUCCAAGCAAUGUGUCUGACCCCAAAACAACGCAGGACAAGACAUCUCAAGCUAUGGAACGAUUUGUUCCUAUUUUACCUCGCAGUUUAAAUAUUCAGCCUCCCAUCAGUGAGCUUCAACUUCCCAAUAUGAACAUGGACAAAACCAAACAACCCAAUCAGGAGAUUCAAAUAACCGCAAAACCUCUUAUUGUAUUAAAACGUAAAUCAACUACACCUUUAAACCAGAGCCCCAAAAGAAAGCCUGACCCAACAUCUCAAGCUAUGAAACGCUUUGUGGCUAUUCAACCUCGUAAUUUAAUUGUUCAACCUCUCGUAUCAACAGAAUCCACCAGUCUCCCAAACAACAUUGGGUUUCAACUACUCAAGAUUGGCAGUCAAGCACAGCUAAUGAACAAGAUAUCUUCAAAUGGAGAUGAAUGCUCAAAAUCUAUACCUAGUGAACAACCUGUACUAUUUCAAAACCCUUCUGGAAAUUUGAGCUUGUCAAGUAAAAGUUUUGUAUCUAUCCCUGGAGAACACGUUGUGACAUCAGUUUCUGAGAAACACCCUGUAUUUAGUGAACAUGUGAAAUCCAUCACUGGAAAACAUCCAGUGUCAAAUGAAAUUAACUCAAAUCCAGAACAAACAGCUCUUCAAGCUGGGUCUUGUAAGAGUGCCCUCCAUACUCCUGAACGACAUAAUGAAAAAUGCUUAAAAGAUGUAAACACUCUGUAUGUUGAAAUCCGACCCAAUGGCGAGCUUCCUUCUGGCGCAGAAUCACACGAACCAACGAUAGACAAUGAUAAUAAAAUGUCAAAGACCACAUUUACAUUAGUGCCAAUCAAAAAGUUUGUGUGUGAAAAAUGUGACGAGGUCUUACAAAACGGAACAUAUCUGCGGUACCAUAUGUUGAUGGAGCAUUCUACAAAGUGGGUUGGGGCGUGUCACCACUGUGAAUACAUAACCUGUCAUAAAGAUGAUAUGGCUACGCAUCUUUUUAAUUUACAUAAGAAUGUCACUACUGAAUACCCCUUGAUGGAGUGUCAGGUAGGCGAAUGCAACUACAGGAAUGUGAACCCCAGAUGUAUAAAAAGACACAGAGAUAAUCACAGAGACUCGGCAUAUGCUGAGGCCCAGAGAAAAGGCCAGGACAAAAGUUUGAUCAGUGAAGAAAUCUAUUUCCCAAAACUUAAACCUGUGGAUCACCCUGAUUAUGAAUUGCUCAAACCAGAAUACACUAAAAGGCUUUUCUAUAGCGACCCAAAUAAAAAUAAACGACCUAAUAAAAAAAGGAAGUUACCAUGUCAUAAAUGUGAUGAAGACUUUGACGUGUUAAGGGUCCUCAGGUUUCAUGUGAUGGAAGUACAUGAAGGAAAAUGGGUGGGGAGAUGUAAAAAGUGUGAUUAUAUGCAUGAUGACAAGAAUAAACUUGCCGUCCAUGUAUUCCAAAAGCACAAGGAAGUGUCAGAAGGAUUUUCUAUUAUGGAUUGUACAGUUAAAGAGUGUGACUAUAAGACUGUGGAGCAUACUUCGCUAAGUGACCACAUGGUAGAAGUGCAUAAUGUACCAGCAGACUCGGAUGUGGAUACUGUUGAGGAGACACGUGGCAAAGACAAAGCAGAGAGGGCAGGGCACGACCCGAAACAAUAUAAGUGUGGGCGAUGUGAUGCCAUGUUCCAUUCCCGACACCUACUGAAGUGCCAUUUAUAUGAAGGCCACAAAAAGCAGGGAACGAUCGUAAUGUGUGACCAUUGUGAUGAGUUCAGAAGUUACGGAAGAAUGGGAAGGUCAGAGCUUUCCGCACAUAUGAACGAAAAACAUCGAGAUGUUAAGGAUUCACCAAAGCAUGCGUGCCAGGAGGAAGAUUGUCUUUAUACAUCGAAAAAUGUGAAGCAUAUGAGAGCACACAUGGAAUUCAAGCACAAUAUACACUCAGCAAAGAGGCUUAGAUGUGAGUAUUGCUCACAGGAAUUCAUCACAAUGAAACAGCUGGCGAAACACAAAGUGAAUAAACACAGUGUGAACUACAAACUCUCCUGCGAAUACCCUGGCUGCAAUGAGAAGUUUGUGAAUCGUUAUUAUCGCUUGAAACAUCAAAAUGAAGUCCAUAAGAAACUUCCUCCCAAGGUUGUUGAAAAGAGAUACCUUUGUACUUCAUGUGAAUACAGAUGCAACGGCAGCAAAGAUCUCAUUGAACAUGAAGCCAAGAAGCAUGAAUCCCCUGUGCCAGAUGGCCAUGAAAUAUAUCACUGUGAACAAUGUAGUUAUUGGACCUUACGCUAUAACUUUAUCGUAAAACAUAAAGCAGCCCAUGCUGGGAUCAAAAAUUACUUUUGCGAGUUCUGUGAAAAAGCAUUUACGACUGCUAGUCAGCGAUCUGAUCAUGUCAGGAUACACAAAGAUAAGAAGUUCAUUUGUUCAGUGCCUGAAUGUAAGGGGGCAUUCCAUUAUAAAUGGUCUUUGAAGAAUCACAUGGCCAAUGUUCACAAGGCACCUGAGUUCCAGGGACAACUUCUCCGUGAAUGUACCAUUAAGGGUUGCGACUAUAGAGGUUACUCUAAGCCUGCUUUGGAGGCACACAUAAAGAAGCAACACUCAUCUGGCAGUGAGCAAAACAGUGAGGAUAGCACCUCAGAUGAUGUUGAUAAUCAACUGGACCAACAAGCAGAAGAUGACAAUAAGAACUCAUUAUCAUUUGUUAUAUCAAACACACAGUCCUUACAGGGUUUCAAUGAAAUGACUGGUCAGUGGGGAAAUGAGAACACAGAAAUUGAAUAUGAAUCUCAGAAUUCUAAUAAUAAAAUUGAAUUCGGUGUUGAUAAAUGGGACAACCCCAAUGGACCUGUGUGUCAAAUCUCAAAUAUGACUUCUAAUGCUGAUUCCAAUGGAAAAUGGACAAGUGUAAAUGGCUCAGACAUGAAUAGUUAGGAUUCCAAGUAUUUGUAUUGCACACUAGAUGGCACUGUGAUCAAUGGGGUCACAGACUAUAAAUAGAUAUGUUUGAAUGUCCAUGAUAUUUUUCACCAUUCCAUUUCCAGGUCCAAGUAACCACAAUCCAUUUGCAACAUUGUUUGUAAAUUUGCUAAUAACAUUGAAUUCAUUAUGCAGUAAAUCAAGUAAAUAAUGAUAGAUUAAAUGAUCAUAAUGGACCUGAAAUCAGCGCAUUUAUGUACUUACAAUAAAAAAUUGUGAAGUCGCACUCGCACCCCUUUUGGGGAAAAGUGUCUGACGGGCCUGAGUGUUGCCCCGAACUUUUUAGGGCCCAAAUUAGUUCACCUUUUUGGGCAUUAAUUGGCCUUUACGGCCUCAUUUUAAUUUAAA